AUGAUGCUUAGUAUUACCGUUCAAUCCUUUGGUAUUAAUUUCCUUCGAAUAUCCAUCACCUUAUUAAUAGUCUUCACUUAUGCCACUGCUAUUGUCAUACCGCAUGUCAAACAUCACCACGACGUUGACGAAACGACAAUCUCAAUCCCAUAUCCUAAGAUAUUCCAAGAAAAUUAUAAAAGUGACAUGGAUUUCUUGGCCAUAGGAGACUGGGGUUCAAGUGGGUCUGGAAAAGAUUUGGUCGCCACCGCAAUGAAAACCUGGGCCGAAAAUAAUAACACAUUGUUUGUCAUCAAUGUUGGUGACAAUUUUUAUCAGAGCAACUCGUCAGAUUAUGAUGGAGUUUUGUCCAUUCGUGACUCCAGAUGGAAAUCUGGAUGGUUAGAUCCAUACCGUGGAAGGUUAGCAGAAAUCCCAUGGUACACGGUCGCCGGAAACCACGAUUGGUACACGAACAUCACGGCACAGAUCGACUACUACUGGAAAGUUGAUCAAAGAUUUUUUUUUCCGUCGUUAUAUUACGUCCGUGUAUCGAAAUUUGGAAAAAUGAAGACCAAAGUUGCGUGGAUACACAUCGACACAGAUCCAUUCGCUUACAACUAUUCCAGUCUCGAUAAUAGAAAUAGCAUGAAAGAGAAUCUUGGCAAUACGAGAUUAAACACUACCAAAGAACUUCAAGAAAAAUUGGAUUGGAUGGAAGAACAACUGAAACGCGUUCAGGACGCAAAGUGGAUCUUUGUUGUUGGUCAUCAUACACUUGUUGGCGAAUGCAGGGAUCAAUAUUACUUGCCCAAGCUUUCACCGCUUUUCGAAAGGUAUCGCGUGACGGCCUACUUUGCCGGCCACUCACACACGCUAGGUUUUGAAGCCGCAAAUUCGACAUCACCCGUGACAUAUUUUACAACGGGUGCAGCUAGUAAGCAUGACUCCGAAGGAUGUAUGGGUUCGUGGUCAGCACCAAAUGGUACGAUGGGAUUCUUGCACGUGAGAAUUCACGAUGAUGAGGAUAAAAUGUAUUAUGAGUUCAUAAACGCUGCCACAGCUGAUUUGUCACCCGAGAUUAUAUAUCAGGGUAGUUUAAAUGUUAGAAAACGUCAUGGUGGCAUGACGUAA